AACCCCUUCGGCCCCAGCCGGCGCACCGACUUCCGUGUUAUCGUCACCGGUCUGCCGGUGAGCUGCUCCUGGCAGGACCUGAAGGACCACAUGCGCCGGGCCGGCGAGGUGACCUUCUCCCAGGUCAUGCGUGACGGCCGCGGCAUGCUGGGCCUGGUGGACUAUGCCUCCCGGGACGACAUGGAGACCGCCCUGCGCAAGCUGGACGGCAGCGACUUCCGCAACCCUUACGACUCCACCCGCAUUCGCGUGAAGGAGGACCGCGACGGUAGCGGUGGCGCUGGCGCUGGCAGCAGGCGCCGCAGCAGCCGUAGCAAGAGCCGCAGUCGCUCGCGCAGCAAGAGCAAGAGCCGGUCGCGCAGCCGGAGCCGCAGCAAGAGCCGCUCGCGCAGCCGGGACAGGAAGAGCCGCAGCCGUUCGCGGUCGCGCUCACGGUCGCCUGUCCGCAGCAAGAGCCGCAGCCGGAGCAGGUCUCGGAGCCGAUCGGCUUCACCUGCUCGCAGUGCCAGUCGCAGCCCCGCGCGUGACGACGACCGGCGUGACGACUAGGGCUUGGCACUGCGCGGCGGGUUUCGUAGUAAUGCUGGAUGACCUGCUUUACUGCGCAGCAAUAGCGUUGUUGGACAAUGCGCUAACAGUGUGGAAGAUGUGAUGUACGUUAAUCCGGCUGAGCCUCUGUCUCUGGCUAUCUGUCCACUGCGUCUUGAGCUAUAUAACCGCCCCUGUUACUGUGUUUGUGGAGUACACGUUGCUUCUGGUGCACAUGGGACCCGAUUGUCGCGAUUGAUGCAAAUGCUUACAGCCCAGUUUCGUAAGUCAUGAUAAUCGCGUCUAAUUCAGUCAAUUGUUGAUCGCCCGGACUGUGAACCAGCACGCUUGAAUACGUGAAAUAGGCACACUGUAACGUGGAUUGGAUUGA